AUGCUCCCCUACUACAUCCCCAGAGCGCAGAAGAAAGACGCCGAAGACGACAAGAACAACAUGGCUCCUUGCAACAUCACAAUAGACACAAAGACCAAGACAAGCACAAACACAACACCACAUGUAGACGACUCGGCCUCCAGCGUAGGCGGCGCCUCGAGCGUCUCCUCGGACGGCAGCACGCGCCGUCGCCGCCGCCGCAACCGCAACAAGCAGGUCGCUGCCGCCGCUUCCAAAGGCACCCUCCCGCCCCCGAACGUCAUCCCGCGGUUGUCCGAGUCCAAGCCCGCGAGGCUCCAGAUCGGACUGAACCUCGACGCCGAGCUGGAGCUCAAGGCGAGGUUGCAGGGCGACAUCUGCCUCACUCUGCUGGUCCAGCGGAAGCACUACACGCAGCGCGCGUCGACGGAGCUGAUACCGAACUACCGCGGGGUCGUCGACGUGGAGGAGAUGUUCCACAUGAGGGUGGGCAAGUUGCGGUUCCGGAAGACGUGGUUGGAUCACGACCAGCCCGACGAGGCAACACCCGAUGUCGAUCUGGGCUUCGACCACCUGAACAAAGAUACUCUGGACAUGCAGUGUCUCUCCGCCCUGCGCGGUGAGGCCAUACCCGACCGCAACAUAUUGCGGAAGACCCGCGACAAGCUGAAACGCAUGAUAGACGAGGCCAAAAGCCUGAAAGACUUGCUACCCCCAACACAGAUGGAGCAGGUCAUUCACAAUGCCUUGGCCAAGCAGCUGAGGGGGGACGCCGCCGUGAUCCACGGGAUACGGAACCACGAAAAGUUCGCCUUCUCACCCGAAGUCGAGGCCCUCUCCUCGCAAAGCCAAGAAUUCGCCCGCGCCCGCAACGCCCGCCUCAUCAUGAGCAACGUCGUCCCCGACAUGCCCACCGACGACGUCAAGCCCUACUGCAUCUGGCACCCGGAUGUCGCCAGCGAGGACACUUAUAGGGAGCUCGCCCGCCGGUACCCGGAAAUGAGGUAUAAUGUAGGGCGCGCCUGCGCUGUGGCGGGCUAUAACAAGCUGUACCACGAGCUCGACCUCCUUCCUGACGUCUCCAUCGCCGAGGAGGCAAAGGACAACACCACGAGCGGCGCCUCCAUCUUCCACGCCAUCGUGAGCCAGAGCGUGAGGUAUAACGUCAUGGACGACUACACACGUACCGUCCGCCUCAUCGACCCCCCGGCCGGCGCGCAUCUCAAUGGCGACACCGCGGUCCGCUCGUCCCUCAGUUACAGAGAGUCCUACUUGGGCUUGGGCUCCCAACGCGAGACAGCGCAUUAUUUCGACAUCGAGGAGGACCAGGUCAUCGGAGAGGAGGCUGACGGCGGCGAAGUCUUCGGGCCGAUGCCCCCAGAGCACGUCGACCUGUUGUACUCGCCGUUACCGCGAGAUCUCCCGACCACGUACAAAGACGUCCUCAUCAACAUGGCCGCCUACGAGGGCAGCAUCGACCGUUACGCUCGACUGAGGCGCCCCAAGCGGGUGAUGAACGAACUCUUUUGUGUUGCCCGCGGCAUCUACCACCACACUUCCUUCGCGAGGUGGCUGGAGCCCCGGAUGGAAGAGAUGUACGGCGCAGAACAGGUCCAAGCAUUCGCGCUCCGCCAGGCUGUCCACGCUCGGUUCAUCAUGAACAACGACCUCUCCCGCCUCGACGAGCGCGUCGACCCGUCGGACCUCCCCCUCGUGGUCUGGUACCCGCACCUGCCGACGAGAGACACGCUGCGAGAAAUGGUCUGGCGCCGUCCCGAGCUGAACCUCUCGGCGGUCAUGACCUGCAUCGUCGCCGACUACCAGGACGUCUACGACGAGCUCACCGUCUUCCCUCAUAGGUACCUCUGGCUGCAGGCGAAGCAGAGCGCGAACCCGCACUACCGCGAAGACCAGGAGCGUCGCGCGGCCGAGCACGGCACUGACUUGAACGAGCCGGUCCAGUUGCCCGACGGCCUGGUCGACCCCUGGCCCGAAGACGUGUACGGGGGUAUCACGAGGGCCGACAAGGAGCCCACGUCCAAUAUCCUGCUCCCGAAAAUUGGCAACCUUCCCUCUUUCUUGACGGCGCGCUUCCACCUGACGGAUACCCCGGCCGGUGAUCCCCAUAAGGGGAUCUAUGGGACGGGGCGGCAGGCGAACGCUUCCUUAUGGGAGACGUUCAUCAGCGCGACGGAGGAGGCGAGGACGAGGCCGGGGCUGCUAUACUCGUCCGAAGAAGACUUCAAACGGCGCAGAGAAACGAUGUCACCGCGGAGGCAGCUCGCGGAGUUCGCUUACAAGCAAAUGCAUCCCGAAGAGCAAGCCGCUCUUCACCCUGCCGGUUCUCCUCAGAAACCAACACAGCAGUAG